UCUUUAGGGAAUCCCUCUGCGUGGCAAAUGUGAAAUUUAUGUAAAACGACACAAAAUGUCCAGAUAUCUUUCAGAUCAGACGGGCGGAGGAUGAGGCGUUUGCGUCAAGAAACUGGACAUUAAGUGGACAACACUGGGCACAAAGACUGAUUUAUCUGACCCCUCCCCCUGUCUGCCCCACCCCUGAGCUGAAAUGAAGGUUGAGGUGGUGAGAACCCCCAGGAAAUGGAGCUGUCUCGUCAUCAAUGUCCACAUCAACAUGUUCCUGUAUGCUACUUGCUGGGCCAUACAGACUAAUACACUGCCGUAUCUCAGCAAGAACCUAGGGGCCGACCCUCUCAUAUUUGGCUACCUCCAGAGCACCUGUGGGGUAGCCCAGUUGUUUGGUGGAAUUCUAUUCGGUAGAUUUGGCGAUGUGUUUGGGAGUAGAGUGGCCUUGACCUUGGCCUUUCUGGCAGCGGCCAUGUAUUACUUCAUGCUUGGAGCUGCGUACUCACUGCCGAUGUUGUUCACCUCCAGUUUGCCGAGUCUUCUAAUGCAUUGUAUGACAGGUGGUCAGAUGGUGAUAACAGACCUCACAGACAGUGAGCGGAGAGCCGACGCCCUGGGAAAACUGUGGCUGUCGUACGGAAUGGGCUCCGUUAUCGGGCCGUUCAUUGGUGGUUUUGUAAACAAGCACUACAGUGAACAAACAGCUGCGUUUGUGGCCUGUGCAGGGUCUGUGUUAAGCGUGGUCCUGGUGUGGUGUUUUGUUCCUCACAACACCAAAAAACUGGCCCCAACUUCGGCUGAUGAACUGGACAUUGUGGAGCUAAGUGAUCAAGACAAAGAGGCUGUUAAAGAAUCUCCUGAGAACAAAGGCAGCAGUGUUUGUGAUAUAAAAAAGCUUUUCCGCUUAUUAACCAUUCCUGAUGUGGGGUUCUUUCUUGCAGUAAAAGCUUUAUCAGGAAUGCCGUAUGCUGUAUUCCAGUCCAUGUUCCCAGUGGUGGCAAUGACAGUGUUUAAUUUACCUGCAGAUAAAAAUGGAUAUAUUUUAUCUUAUCAGGCAGUUUUAACGAUGCUCUCUCAAGGGUUUGGGGUUGGGUUUCUGACAUCAAGAUUCAGUGACGGUGCCCUUCUCAAGUUCUGCUUUGUAAUAUUUACCUUGUCAUAUUUAUUGAUGGCUCUGGUUAAGGACGUGAUCUUAGUGUGUGUGGUGAGUACCCCCCUGACCAUUGGUGUGGCGGUUCUCGUGGUGACCACUACCAGCGAGAUGACCAAAGUGAUACCAGAAGCAGACACAGGCUCCAUUCUUGGUCUCUCAAUGGCUGUAGAUUCUCUAGGUGGUAUCAUCUCCCCGACACUGGGAGGGUUCUUACUGAAGACCGUGGGGUUCUACGCCUUUGGAUAUCAAGGCUGCAUCUGUAGCCUCUUGGUUGCCAUUGCACUCUUUUGGAAGCUGAAGGAUUAAGGCAUAUGUCAUCUAUCUACCUGUCUGUCUGUCUGUCUGACUAGUAUUUGUCAUUUUAAAGUUACAUUUGAAUGUCUGUGGAGCGUGAGUUCCCAGUUACACAUAUAAACCACUUCUGUUAGUUUCUUAUAUGAUUAAAAUUAAGUUGACAUGCCAAGAGAUAAACCAAAUUAAUCACUGGAUCAGCCAUAAGAGAGUUUUAAACUGCCCAUUCAAAUUUUUGUUGUAAAUUUGACCUACUUAUCUGCCCCAUUGGUAUACAGCACAGAAUGCAAGCAGAAAAAUCAGUUCAAAUUUUAUUUUUGGGUUUUGGGUUUUGGGCUCAUAUUAAAAUAUGAAACAAUGUCUUAUGGUAUUUCUGGAAGUUAUACUAUUUGAAACUAUAUAGUGGCAUUUGUUUGGCUUUUGUGGCAGAAAUGAUUCAAAUGGUACUUUUAAGUAUGUAUGUGGUGUGUGGUAGGAUAGAUACUAGAUAGAUAGAUAGAUAGAUAG